AUGGACGAACUCCCGGUCGUGAUUUGGUCCUACAACACAACGCCGCAUUCAACCACAGGAGAAACUCCUUUCAGGAUGACCUACGGGGCGGAUGCCAUGCUACCAGCAGAGAUAGACAACAGCUCAUGGCGGACAGCGCCACGGCUCGAGGGUGAAAACUCCUCCAACAUGGCGGUAGAACUGGACCUGCUAUCUGAGACCCGAGAGGAAGCUCGUGUUAGAGAAGCGGCAAUGAAGCAGCUAAUUGCGGCGAGGUAUGACACCAAGGUUCGCCCGCGGGCGAUGCAGGAGGGAGAACUGGUUCUCAAGAAGCAGACUGGGAAUGUGGGGAACAAUGUUGAGUUCGAUCUGGGAGGGCCCUUACAGAAUCUUGAAAGCAUUGGGAAAAGGGGCCUUUCACCUUGA